UGACAGAGUGUGUUUGGAAGAAAAUGUCAGUAUCGCUCUGAGACCCUGAAGAGAACACACACUCAUCUCAUCACUACUGCCAAUCAGACGAAGGGGAGGCGCCAGCGAAGGUUAAAUAGAAAUAUUUUGGCCUGUAAGUGAACACAUCGGCUGCACGACUGAAGAGGAACGAUAAAGAGUUUUGCUCAUAAGAUCACCCUUCAUCCUCUCCGGCUCUUCUCCGACAAAAUGUUGUUGCGUUGGAUUCUAAUGUCACUGUUUGUUCGGUUUCUCAGAGCACAAGAAAACCCAGAAGUAAUUUACGCGCAGGUAGGAGGGACUGUUAUCCUACCGCGUUACAAGAUAGAAGGAACUGAAGAUAAUCUUUAUGUGAACUGGAACCGUGAAAAUGAAGAAACUAUCAGCAGAAAUCCUCAGAGUGGGAUCCAAAAGGCGAAAGAAAUAAAGACACACGCUGAUCUGACGUCGGAUUUUUCUCUAAAAAUCUCACCAGUACAAGAUUCUGAUUUUAAAACCUGGAGCUGUGAACAACAUGUGUUAAUGAAAAAUGUAAAAAAGACCUACAAACUGUACCAUGUCACUAUACCCAAUUUGCAACCUGUGAUGGUUGGUGGCAUUUUUUCUCUGCAAUGUAAUGUGGUAUCUAGUCCACUUAAACCCAAAGUAACAUGGAUUACGCCUGAAAAUUCAUGUGAUUAUAAACGAUAUGACUCAAAAUCAGUUACCAUCAGCGAUGUGUCUACGUGUCAUAGCGGUGUUUGGACAUGCAAGUUGGAGUAUGGUGAUAGGAGAACAACUGAAGCAACAACCAAUGUUUCUGUAAUAGACCUCUUCCCUUCUCCAGAUACGAUUUAUACCUCUUCCCUAUCACCCUCCUCUACAGUCAACAUUCCUUGUUCCUUGUAUUCUUACAUUCCCUGGUCAGUCUUGAAUAAAACUGGCCUCACUGGCGGUAGCUGGAGCUUCACUCCUCUCAGCGAACCGAAGUCAACACGGUCUCUCCUCAGCCUCAGUGUUGGAACGGUGGUCAGAUGGGACAUUGCAGACCGCACAGGUCGUGGGCCUACUGUAAAGGAAAGAGAACUGAAGGACCAUGAUUUAUCAAUUCGUGAUUUGCACGUAUCAGAGAAGAUCAAGGGGGAUUACACGUGCAGUCUGAAGUUCAACAGCAAGACCCUCAGCAGAAAAGUCAAGGUGGAGGUUCUGAAGCUUUCCUCUUCUAAAGGAUCUCUAGUAUAUGAAGGCCAAGGCGUGAAUCUGACAUGCACAUUAGGACAUCAACACAGCUCUGACCUCGAGGUGAAAUGGAACUGCUCGUCUUGCUCCUUUCUUUCCGGUCUCAAGCCUCCUCAUCCAUCUUCUCUGUACAUCCCUGAAGUGAAACUGAAGGACAGAGGGAAAUGGACAUGUAAACUCUGGAAAAACGGGACUAAGCUGACAUCCGCUGUGCUUGUGUUAAAGAUUGAGAAAGCUCCAGUGGACAUCUGGCUUUGUGUUGCCAUCACCGGUGGAAUCCUGGGCUUCAUCUUGCUCCUAGUGAUCAUCAUUAUAUUUAUUCGCAGACACAGACAGGCGAUGAUGUACAGACGACGCAAAACCAAAUUCUGCUGCUGCAAAAAUCCCCAGCAGAAUCAAAAGGGAUUCUACAAGACGUGAGGAUGCUCACAUUUAAAACAUUUUAUAACCAUAUUACUGUACAGUUGCCUGAACCAAUCCUCCUGUGCCUGAAAUGUUAAUUGUGCAGAUGAUGCUGGAAUUGUUUUUUUUUUUUUUUUUUUUACAAUAGUGUCAAAUACUCUCAUAGCCACUUUAUAUACAUGAACAUGCUUGAUCCCAAGCUGUUAUAUGCAACUCUGCUUUAUCUCUUCUGGUGUAUAUAACAGGAUAUUAUUUGUUUGGAGGAUAAAUUUGUUAAUAGGAUGAAACUCAGUGGCUAUUGUAAUCUAGGCGCAGUCAUUAUGUCUGUACUUUUUUAUUAUAAUUGCCAAAUGUACGUCUUUAUAUCGUUCUGAUAUUUUUAAUCCACUCCUGCCUACUUGCUUACCUCCUUAUCUUUUGAAUGAUCAUUUGCAUUUGUAAAUUGUUUUUUUUUUAUUUGUUGGUUUUGUAUUUCUUUAUUUGGGAAAACAGCAGAUGAAAUUAUUAAUAAUGUAAAAUAAAAAUAAAAA